AUGCUAGAAAGUUUAAUACCUAGACUUUUCCCGAGAACGGAUAAUAGAAUAAGGUCAACACAAGAAUUAACAGCUGUUUUUGAAAGUAAUCCUAGCUUAUCGGCUACUGAAAUUGCAGAAGAGAUCAAUAGAUACAAUGAUAGUUAUGAUUUCAGCAUACGAGAGCUAGUAUUAUCUCGUUCAACAGCGGGCACUAUGCUAAGUAAGUCAAAUAUGCUGGAUACUGCAGUGGGAAAUUCUAAUGGCACAUGGUUAAAGCUACAUGACAAUGAAGCUGAAUCUUCAAAACCACCAAGUUAUGAUUUCUCUUGGCUCAAAUCUUAUACAUAUUCAGAGAGUUCUCAUAUAUUAACACCGGUAAAUGUGGGGUCACAGCAAUCAGUAAUGUCAUUUGAGGAAGUUCUGCCAAACCUUGUAUUUCAGAAUCCAUCACUUACAAUUGGUAGUGAAGGAACUAUUCCCAUUGAGAGCCUUAAACGUGCGAACAAAUCCGAUAACCCGUUUAAGAUUCCAGAGAAUGCAACACUAAUUGAAACAGAACAACUCUGGUCACCAGUAAUUGAAAAUAUACCAUCACGCUUUAAGAUAGACUCCGAGACAUAUAAGAGAAAGAGAAUGGAACAACUAUUAUUUUUUGAGCGCUCCAGUAAAUUAGGCAAACUAUUUCGUAGAACUAGCAGCAAUAGCAAUGGUAAUUAUUGUGAUGACUGCUCAUCCAACGUAAGCUCACAAAGUACUACGUUUUCAACAACAAACAACAGUACAUAUAAUGGUGAUGUUAAUAUCCCCAAUAAUACAGCCCCAAUCAGACAUAAUAUACAAAGAAAGUUACCCAUGGAUGGAAUUUAUCUAAAUACAUCGAAUACCAAAAAGAGUAUAUGGAAGCAAUACCAACUUCUCCAAUUAGAAGGCAAAAAAGUUGUUUAUAUGGAUGGAGAGAAUGUAGAGGAACGUUCUAAUAUAUUGGGAUUUGGUGCGAGCGGUGAAGUUAAAUUAGCAACAAAGAUGGGUGAUAAUAAGCUUUAUGCUAUUAAAGUCUUUCAUGAUAUCGCAAUGGAUGAAAUAUCCCGGCUUGAAAAUUCAAGUGAAAUGUCUGUUGAUAUAGAGACCAACGAUGCUCCAAGUUCAGUAGAACAUUCCCUUGGGACACAUGAAGGCAUUGAUAUUUUCAAAUUAUCAGCUAGAAUGCGUAGUUUGAAAAGGAUACAUACUGAAUAUGCCAUAGGUAGUGCUUUGAAUCAUGAAAACAUUAUUAAAACAUACGACUUAUUUUACGAGAACGGUAGCUUGUAUACCGUUAUGGAAUAUUGUGAUUAUGAUCUAUAUGCACUUGUAGUAAGCAAUAAACUCACUUAUGAUGAGGUAUGUUGCUAUUUCAAACAAGUGCUGCAUGGAAUUAGUUAUUUACAUGACAUAGGUAUAAGCCAUAGGGACUUGAAACUAGACAAUUGUGUUGUAAAUAAAGAAGGUGUCCUAAAGUUGAUAGAUUUUGGCAGUAGUACAGUAUUUAAUACGCCCUACCUCGAGCAUAGAGUGGUAAUGAGAAGCUCCGGCAUACACGGUAGUAACCCUUACUUAGCACCAGAAGUAUGUUAUUACUGGAGUUACGACCCCAGACCAACAGAUAUAUGGGCUGCAGCAAUAAUGUUUAUCUGUAUGAUUACCAAAAGGUUCCCAUGGAGGGAGCCUCGUUGUUCUGAUUUGCAAUUCACUAGGUAUAUCAAGUACAAGGAGCCCCAAGAACAGAUAAUGUCGCGCCACGUUAAUAGUAAAGUAUUAUUGCGUCUAUUACAGAAGACCCCAUACGAACAUCUCAAUAACUCAAGUAGGGGUGUAAGUGAACGCCAUAAACAUAGGAAAAACCUACAUGACUAUGAACACUACUGUAGAUUUUUGGAAAAAAACAGGUAUCUUAUGGAUCCCUUGGUGUUAGUACCAGAAGAGGCCCAGCAGGUACUAAGCCAUAUGCUAGAAUUAGCACCGGCAUGCAGAUUCAAUAUACAUGAAGUUCUUAGUGAUCAAUGGGUAGAUGGCAUAGAGGCAUGCACUAUAAGGAACGAGGCUCCUUUGAGCGGCUGCAAGUCUGAUAACAAGAGUAAAAUGUCAGCAGCACAAGAUGUGUAUGCAGAUACCAUAAUAACACAUAAGCAUAGUUCAUUACCUCAGGCAUCUGCACAUAUGGGACAACUACAAAAUGAACAGGAGAACAAGAGAUAA